CGGUGGCGGCGGCAGUGGCAGCAGCAGCGGCAGUAGCAGCAGCAGUGUAGUCGCUCUCUCCGGAACUCAGCGGAGUAGGCGGCGGCUCUGCGCGUCAGGACGACUCCACGCUUCUGCUGCGAAGAGAAUAAGUAAUAUCCAGGACAAACACAGGAUGGUGGCGUCCCUCAGACGGACAUCACCGACCAUGGAUGUGAAGAGCAGAUGUUCGCAGUGAAGAGGAGCAGAUCGGAGAGGAGGUAGUAACAGGUGCUACGUGCCAACGUGGAUUUGGAGGUGCAGAGGAGCGCUGAAGAUCAUGGGUAAAUCCAACAGCAAGCUCAAACCUGAGGUGGUGGAGGAGCUGACGAGGAAAACCUACUUUACAGAGAAAGAGGUGCAGCAGUGGUACAAAGGCUUCAUUAAAGACUGUCCGAGUGGGCAGCUCGACGCCGUGGGCUUUCAGAAGAUAUAUAAGCAGUUCUUUCCUUUUGGAGAUCCCACGAAGUUUGCUUCCUUUGUCUUCAACGUCUUUGAUGAAAAUAAGGACGGACGUAUCGAGUUCUCCGAGUUCAUCCAGGCCUUGUCGGUGACUUCUCGGGGCACUCUGGACGAGAAGCUGAGAUGGGCGUUUAAAUUAUACGACCUGGAUAACGACGGCUACAUUACCCGCGAUGAGAUGUUGAACAUCGUCGACGCCAUAUAUCAGAUGGUGGGGAACACCGUGGAGCUGCCGGAGGAGGAGAACACACCGGAGAAGCGCGUGGACCGAAUUUUUGCGAUGAUGGACAAGAAUGCAGACGGGAAGCUGACUCUGCAGGAGUUUCAGGAGGGCUCAAAGGCAGACCCUUCUAUUGUCCAGGCGUUGUCACUCUAUGACGGACUCGUGUAGCACUGUAAGACGGAGCAAACUCGGCAUCCUUCUGCGCAUCACACGCCAGUCCCCGCACCAUCACACCCGCGACAGGAGGAAGCCACGCCCACCUUGUUCACCCAGGAAUAGUGGACUGCGUACUUUUCUUCGUCAAAUAGCUGUUUGUCAACAUUUCCACAAAAAGGACCUGUGAAGAAAUAUUACCGUAUGUCCUCUGACGGGAGAAGUCCCUCAGUCAUUCGUCCGUGCUUCUGCAACCGUGCAGCGCCGCGUUGCACCCUCGUGUGUCGAGUCGUGGUUCCGUCCGUGGACAGGAGCAGGAACCCGUGUUCUGAAAUGUCGGUGUGCGUCUUUGUCGAUCCAUCACACUGGAGUCUGUUCCUGCACGUGAGAGAUGCCCGGUGGCACCGUGCUCCAGCUUCAGAGUCUGAAUCUGGGGGGAAAAAAUGUGGACAAAUGUAUGACCAGGUGAAAAUGUGAACACUCGCUUCAAGUCUCAAAGAAGUAUCGUGUACAUUGUGAUGAUAAUGUAAAUAUGACUGUAAUUUAUUUUCUGCUCUGCGGCAUUUAUGGGAAUUUCCUCAUAAAUAUGGAAUGAAGUUUUAAUUUUUUAUCAAACUGUGUUGAAACGUACUGCACUGUAUUUUUUAUUACCGUCGUGGGAUCGUUCGUCUUUAUUUAUUAUUCUCUCACAUUCUGAACUUUCCUUAUUUGUUGAAGACGUGCUGAAGAAGUUUUUUUUCUAUGGAUCACUUUACCAUGUUUGCCGUCUGUGCGUCCUAUUGUUGCUUUCAUUUCCCCGUUAGCAGGAGCGCCCGCGAGGCUGCACAGCCACGUCCUGAAGGGCGUGACCGAGCAGCACGCGGAAUCCUCACGCCUUACGUCUGCAUUGAGGCUCCCGAGUCCCCGCCCUCUGCAUACACGACGCUGUGGUCGUCGAGCGCAAAUCAACUGUGGCUGUAAAGCUUUCGUGUGCUCUGUGGUAUUUUGUCCUGCGUGAGGCCAGAGCAUGAGCCUCUUGCUUUUUCAUUCUCGGGUUUACCUCAGUUCGAGCGUCGAGAUGUUUUAUUUGCUUCACUGGUUUUAAGGCGUGUGCAAAAAAAAUGAUAAAUGUCAUCGAUCUGUUCGAUUAGCAGUGUAAGAGCACAGAAUAAAAAUGCAUUCAAGUGGC